AAAAAAGAUGGUUCUAAAAAAGUAACCGUGUUAGCAUCCCAGGAAAAUAUUUUCCACGACAAAAGAAAAAUUAGUCAGACUGAUAUCCAGCUGCUGCCUUUGUCAUGAUUCUUGAAAUCAGAAAACGUAAUAAUGCCAGUGAAAUCACUCUGGCUAAUAUUUGUGACACGAGUGGAUUUUAUAUUAUGGAUUAAUAAGUCCACAAAUCAAUUAGUUUGUGAAAUGGCCGCUUUCACUAACGAAGAAUAGACAGAUAUCGUUUACAUGCAUGGCAGAGCAGAUGGUAAUGGACUAGAAGCACGACAGUUGAACCAAGAGCGAUUUCCUGGGAGAAGAUUGCCUAAUGUUACAGUGUUUUACAAUACUUACAGACGUCUUUACGAGACUGGAAGUGUAACAAGUAAUGGACCUGGUGUUAAUCCAGGUCGAUAUCCUCCUGAAGCCGAAGAUCUUAUCCUCCAAGCGUUUGAAGAUGAUCCCACUACAAGUACUAGGAAAGUUGCGGCGUACAAGGACUUGAAGAUGGUGAUCCUAUUCUCAGAAGCCAAUUUUGACGUCUUCUCCUACAUAUUUAUAUUGAGAAUGAACGGUUCCUGGAAAGCAUUCUAUCUACGGAUGAACCAAUUUUUCAAAGGAGGGCAUUACAAAUUUUCACAAUUUGCAUCAAUGGGCUGAUAAGAAGGAAAAUCCACACUGGAAAAAACAGGUGUCUUUCCAGCACAAAUUUUCCUUUAAUAUAUGGGCCGCCGUCGUGGGACAAGGACUAAUCGGUACUCAUUUUUGCCUGAGGUGGACCAAUUCCGUGGCCUGCUAGAUCGCCGGACCUGAC